AUGGUUGUAGAUAAGGGUAUUUGGUUUAUGAAUAGGCGCCGCACCAUCAGUCAUCACCUUCUUCCUCCUGACUUUCACUUCACCUUCUUCCUCUCUUCGCCUUCAUCACCGUCACCAACUCACCAUCACCAUCACCAUCACCAUCACCAUCACCAUCACCAUCACUCCGUCGGACCAUCGGCCUUCGCCAUCUUCACUCCAUCACCAUCGUACCAGUACCAGUACCGUCGUACCAGUACCAAUGGACACUCGACCCGUACCAGUACAGGCGUCUCGUCCAUAAGACCGUCACAAUCUUCUUCCCAGGCGUCCAGCCGUCAACUAGAUCGCAACAAAACAGCUCCGAAGCCUAAGCGUACGACACUAAAGGCGGUACCAAAGCGGCGUACUGCAGUGAAGUCUGAUGUUGUUGAGUUUCCGAAGACAUUGAAUUCAGUGAUUGAAACAAAAGUAAAAAGACCGAAAAAGAAUAGAAGUGCGAUUGAGAAAGAGAAAGAAGAGGAGGUUUUGGUGAUUUCGUUUGAGAGUGGAAUGUGGAUGGGGUUCUGUAAGUUUGAUGUGUAUGUGAAUGAUGAUGGUAAGUAUGAUCUAAAAGGGAAGACUCAGAUUAAGGAUGAGUAUGCAGGGAGUUUUACUAGUUUGGGUCAUAAAGAUGGCGAAAAAGGGAUGAUGAGAAACGGAAUGGGGAAGAACAUAGAGCUGAAAUUGGCACUUACUAAUUUGUUGGAUGAUAUUGGUGCGGCGGAAGAUGAAGCCAUACAGGUGGCCAUUGUACCCAGAAUUGGGACUGAAUCUAUUGUUAUUACUGGUGUUGAAUAGGAGAACUUCAUAAUAAAUUGACAAGAGUAGUAAGUUUAGUGACCCAUUUUAACUUGGUCCAUGAAAAUUAUUGUACUGGAAAUGGAUAUUUCAAGAUAAAAUGCAGUAUUAAAAGUUUUAAUAUUGGGUGUUUUAAUAUCAGUUCUGAUUCUGAUGGCUAUUGGUGUGGAAGGAAAUGAUGAUCUCUUAUUAUUUUUCUUAAAAGUUUUUAAAUUCAAGAGAAAGAGAGUUGGUGGUUCUGAAAUUUUGUUCGUAUUGACUGAUUUUGAUUAAAGUAUCUUCUUGAUGUUUAUAGGAAAUUUUGGUCUGACUAAUAUAAAUUCAAAUGUACUGUUUAUCUUCUUGAUGUUUUUAAAGUCGUUUUUUGCGCUCUAAUUUUUUUUU